AUGGAUUACAUGUAUAUGCUGAAGCUAAUAUUUACCACAUUCAUAGGGGUAUUUGGUGUCAAUUGGUUGUUCCAUAAAUUUUACAUUAGCAGCAAAAGAGAUUUCACAUCAGUUGCUUAUAAUCAGCAAGCCAACAUUUCAAGUGUCCGGAAAGAAAAUGAAACCGCACACUAUAGAAACUUUUUGGUUCCGCUUGGAUUCCCAUUAAUCACUGGGUUGAGUCUGUCUUUGAAAUAUAAGAUUAGAAAUGGCAACUUCGCAGACGUUUGGAAGGCAAUUAUGGAGUUGGCUGGGAAUAAUACCAUUACCUUUAAGAAUGGUGCUGAAUCGGUCAAUUUGAAAGAGGUAAAUGGUAUGGCAAGUCACUUGUUGCAACUAUGCGACCAGUAUAGAAAUGUGGGUAUUGCUGUUCCACAGUCCAGCUUGCAAGGAUUUGUAAUGUCUAUUGCGGCAAUGAUUGGCUCUGUCAAGGGUUCAUUGAAACCCCAUUUCCUAGCAUCAAUCCCUCGUCAGAAAUUUGAGGAUAUGGAUGUGCUACUUAUUAGCUCAUGGAGUGCUUACAAGAUGCUAAAUGGCAGCGAAAAAUGGUAUAAGCUGGUUAUAGUAUGUGAACCUAUGAAAGAUGAUAUCGAUGUUCCCGAUCACGUUCAGUCUUGGGAUUCUAUCUUGCAAGGCUACGUCAUAAACGCAUCAUUUCAGUAUACACCUGCGGAGGAUAAUUCUGAUGACACUAAAAUAGCAGUAUAUGCCACAUCAUCUUGGAAUGCAACAACAAGUUUUACUCAAGGUUGUUUGGUGAGCGGGAUCGCGUCAUUUAUUCAGGGAUUCCCCUCUGGUCACCAGUUAACAUGUGUGGAUUCAUUGGCCGUUGCUGGAAGAUUGGGAGACGUCGAUUUGAGUAUUCAUUUUUGGCAUAAGGCACUGGCGGUUCUUCUUCAUGGUGGUUGUCUUUCGUUCGUAAGUGAACCGGGAGCAGAAUUGAAAAAUCUUCGAGGUUCGACAUUGUUAUUUUGUGAGCCCAAAUUCCUGAGCCAUAUUUUGGAUGAGAUCAAGACAAGAAAUUGUUCACUAUGGCGGAAAUUAAGGUUUGCAUGGGCCACCGCUUUACUUAGCGAAGGUGUAUUCACAAACUCCGGUCAGUCUCCAUUUGCUGCUUUGGAUGAGCUAAGAUGUGUGUUUGUGGCAGAACAUAUACAAAAUACCCAGUUAGUGUCUUCAUUCCCGGAAAGAAUCCCCACAAGACAGCCCUCAUUCGCCGCAUUAUCACGAGAGCUACUUACAAGCGAGAAAUUGAAUUCUAUAAGAGCACAACUUGGUAGUAGAGUAGUUGUAGAACUUUACUGUCCAUAUGUUGUGAUGGGGCCUCUAUUUCAAACAAGCUUUUACGAUUACAGAGUUUUACCAAGUUCUGUUGAUUCUGAUUUCUUAUGCUGCGGUGCAAUUUCAACAAAUUUGGAAGGUAAGUUGGUAAAGACUGAUGAGAAUCCUGAGUUGGAUGUUACCAAAAGACAAGGAAUGCUAUGUGUGAGAGGGUUCACAAUUGGAAAGCCGCUGGAUCACGAUCGUCUUGAAGCCGCAAUGAAACUCUCUGCUAAAUUUAGUGGUGGUGAAGGUUGGAUGCCAAUGGUCGGAAUAUUUGGUCUUUGGGGGAAAGACGGUUGCCUAUACAUCUAUAAAUAG